AUGCAUGAAAAUGUAUUGCCACCUCCACCACGCCUAAAAUCUAGAAUCUCCCACGAUAUGUUCCACUUGUUGCUCUUUCUUAGUGCCAUAUGGCAUUGGUGCAUGGCCCUUGGAGGCACUAUAAAAGGAAGCAAGUGGAGUGCAAGGCUAGCUGCUAGCUUUCUCUCUCUCAUCUCAGUAAUCUCAACCAAGGAGCAAAAUGGCGGAUACAACCACAGCCGGAGGUGUACCAACACCACCGAGGCCACGAGCGGGGGCGGGGAUCACAUGACGUGCUCGUGCGGACAGCACUGUGGCUGCAACCCGUGCACUUGCGCUAAGAGCGUCGUCAGCACCAAGACCGGGAAGGCCUACUGCAAGUGCGGCGAGGGUUGCGCAUGUGUGUCAUGCGCUGCUUAA